UGUGAUCCUGACAGCAACAGAGAAGUACAUUUUCCUGACCAUUCUCAUGCUAAUGUGACAUGUGUGUUAGCAUCCUACAGUCAGAGCCAUCAUAGAUAUAUUGAUUCAAAAAACAGUCAGUGCACCUGUAACUCUGUGACAUUUCUAGCUUUCCUGCACGAGUUACAUCACCUGCAAAGCGCAGACCUUGAUCAGAUUUUGGAUCGCGGCCAUGCAAUGUAUGCCCUUACACUGGGACAGUUAUGUGUCGAUGGAACAAUGGUGCAUGGACACUUGAAUAUACAGGAACUCCCUGAGAUUGUUUUUGGCCAAAGACAGCAGCAUGUGCUGACAAAGUGUAACUCAAUGUAUGGAACGUUUGUAUCUUCUCCUGAAGUAGGCGAAUACCUCAACCUUGCAGCGAGACUUCAGUGCUUGACCUCUGACGUGAACUCCGCUCUGCUGGUAAUGACCUCUCAGUGCAUCGCUGUUUUCCGAGACCGGCAUGGAAGGUAUGGCUAUUUUGACCCACACACUAGACGACCUGAUGGACUUCCCUCUGGCCCAGAUGUACCCGGCACAGCUGUCAUGUUGACUUUCACGCAUUUAAAUGACCUGGUAAAAAAGUUGAUCGCAAGCUUUACUAUGUUAGGCUCCAGCCCUUAUGCACCAUAUGAGCUCGUUCCUGUGCUUUUUAACAGUGAGGAUGAAUUCUCUGUGGAUGGAGUUUUGGCAAAUGUAGACUCUAAUGCAGAUACUACUGAGUGCUCUCCCUGUGAUGACAUAUCAGACGCAAUUGAACUCAUGCACGUUUGUAGCGGUGAAGUUACGGUGGAAUGCGAUACAUCUGACAAACCCCAACAGAUGCCAAAUCUAUCAAAAUAUUCAAAAGAAAAAAGGCUACGGUUCGAAAAAAGACUAAAGGCUUUGGAGGUGACGAAAGCUAAACAUAGCAAAAAUGUUGAAACUGCAAAACAAAAAAAAUAUAGAAAAGAGAGGGAAAGGUAUGCUAAAGAUAAAUAUGUCGACAAAAAGAGAUCCUGUGAAACCAACAGUUACAGAAAAAAAAAGAUGUCCUACAUAGCCACUCGCUAUCAAAGAGACUCUAACUAUAAGCAGAGGCAGAGGUCAUAUAUCAGAAACCGUUACAGGCAAGACAAAAGCUUUAACCAGAGGCAGAGGUCAAAUAUCAGAAACCGUUACUGGCAAGACAAAAGCUUUAACCAGAGGCGGAGGUCAUAUAUCAGAAACCGUUACAGGCAAGACAAAAGCUUUAAUCAGAGGCAGAGGUCAUACACCAACACCCGCUAUCGCUUAAAUGCUCAUUUCAGGCAAACCCGAAAGUCUUAUAUUACCAAUCGUUAUGCAAACGACCCUGCAUUCAGAUCCAAACAGAAAGAAACGAUGAGACGACGCAUGCGCGAUAAAUACAGUAACAACCAUUCGUUUGGCAUGACUUACAACAUGUAUUGUGCAAUGAAAAUAAGACAAAAGUACAGAAACGUAAUCAGAAGACCCAACCAAAUGGAUGACAGUCGGCCGAACCAAAUGGAUAACAAUGUGAUCAAGGAUGCUAUUGAGACCGAUGACAACCCGCUGAAAAUGAGUUAUCCCAUGUCGCACCUAGAGAACAAAACACCAGACUCUGUUAAUGUGUGGAUGACAGGCUUACCCGACAAGUACAAAUCGAGACCAGAAUCGCCAGAGUUUGAGUCAAUGUGUUUGGCUGAUUUCGCUGCCACUUGUAGAAUUGUCUAUGGCAAACAGGCCCAAGGUGCAAAAGCUAUUCCCCUGCUCAAUGAAAUGGGAUUCGUUCAGAAGAGAACAAAGGAUAAGCCCGCUGUCAUCAAGUAUUACCAUGUCUCGCAGGAAAAGAAACCUGAGCAAUUUCACGGCACAUUGCUAAAGCUUUACCUGCCUUAUCGCUCAGAGACACAGCUCAAGUCCAUAAACUUCCCCACUUACAAGUCCUUCCAUGACCAUGCAGGCGUUCAGCUACCUGGUUCAGAGUACGCCGAGCUAGUGUCUGACAUUGUGAAACGAAACCGAGAGAAAUAUGAGAAACACAGGGAAGACAUCGAUAGUGCCAUCGCAGAGUACGAACAGAAUGGUUGCAUAAGAAACGAAUGGUGUAAUCUGGCUCCUGAAUGUGAACUGCAAAGGUUAGAGUGCAUUGAAGAACUUGACGCGAGACCAGCCGAUGAGGAUAACGUCCAAGAGAAUGUGCCAGACUACAACCUUAGGACGUUCUCACCGUCAUCCAUCAUAACACCGAAGGACUACCGGCUCGCGUCGCUGACAUCAAAAGUCAUCAUGAACUUUGUCUCGCAGACGUCCUCUGUCUAA